GGAAUAUACAAGAAAUACAAACACAAGAUGUGGAUCAUCUCCUUCUGGGUUUUCCCCCUGAUAUCAGCAGGCAUGUGGAUAGCCAUGCUACUCGCAAUGCUAGGAAGCUGGUGUGUCCAGGGGAGCCCAAUCUACGCGAGCAUGAAAAAGGGACAGACAAUCGCGUACAUUUCCGAUGUUGGAGCGGAGGGCCUGAAACCGCUCUUCAUCACCGGCAGCGUGAUUACCGUGGUUUUCCUCGAUCUCUCAUUUAUCGCCGAACGCUGGCUUCGACAUUCGGGUCAGCUGGUCCCGAAUAAAGGCAGAUUUGACAAAGCGUGCGCGAUUGCGUCGAUUUUUUUCUCUGUCGCGGGGGCUCUGGGAUUGAUUUUAUUGUCGAUUUUUGAUACCCUGCGACACCCACAUUUGCACGGAGGGUUUCUGGUAAUGUUCAUUGUCGGAUACUUGAUCAGCGCUAUUCUAAUCUGCAUCGAAUACCUCCGCAUCGGUAUUUUCUACCGUGCGAACCACCGCAUUCUCCUAGCCAGCUUUGCGAUCAAAGCUUGCUUCAUAGUGGUUGAGAUCGCGCUGGCUAUUGGCUUUGGUGUCUGCGGAUGGCGCCAACCAUACCGUAAGAACGUCGCGGCCGUUCUGGAAUGGGUGAUUGCGCUGGUUUUUACCUUCUACGUGCUCUCCUUCGUGAUCGACUUGUUGCCCUCUGUGCGCACGCGGCACCAUGUCCCCCAAGGCGAGAAAUACUUGGAAGCUUUCCAUUCAGCGGUCGUUUCUCCGCCGCAGCACGAUGUAGUCUACGACGAGCCGGUGAUGCAGGACUCGGCCGGCCCCGAUCCUGGUUUCUACCGCGGACAACGGAUGUAAAUUAAGCGGAUUUGGUGGUUUGCUGACUGUUGAGAAUUUCGUUCUGGAUAUGUUGUGAUUAUAAUAUGGUUCGCAUGGUUAGAUACCUGGCUGGCGUUCGGCUAUGAUACCGAUUUAGCAUAUAUAUAUGUAGUUAACAUGAGAAAGCUAUUAGAUUAAUUAAACAUUACUAUACUAU